AUGUCGGAUCCUGAAUCGUGUCCAUGCGUCGAAGACAGUGAGCCAAUAAUAGAACUCUUGAUUCCAGAUUGCACGUGCCCAAGAGAUGAUCAUGAUAUCGUGAUACACAAUGAAACGUGUUUACUUUAUAAAAAUGAGGAAAUGAUUUACCCAAAACCGGAUUCAUGUGUGUGUGUCAGCCCUUCAGAAGAUCAAGCGAUCUGCAAAUGUUGCUCCUGUCCCCACGAUCAAUGCAAAUGCGGUGUUAUUGGGAAAGAUGCUUUUAACGAAUGGCGUAGUAAGCGCGAAAUUGGUGCAAUGCCCGCAGUCCUAGAAUCUACUCAUCCUUUGAUGAAACGCUUUCAAGAUACGUUAAAAAGGUUUCUAGAGAAGGAGAAUACUAUUGCCGAAGCGGAGAUUACUAGAUUGCGUGAUGAGCUCAAAAUAAGCAAGCAAUCAUACGAAAAAGAUUUAGAAGAAAUAUAUCGAAGUGAUCAUGACACAAAUGCGCAAAGGAUAUUGAUUGAAGAAUAUGAAAGUACAUUAGCGGAACGUACAUCGGAGCGUCAGGCGGCUGAAGAGCGCGCUCGUGAGUCCAAUGAGAAGUAUAAGCGCGCGAAAGAAAAGUUAGAAGAGAAUAUUCAAGCCGAACGCGAAGCUACAGAGGAGCUGGAGGCAUUGACGACGCUCUGUCGGCAGUUGGAGACGUGGCGUGAAGAGACAGAGUCGGAGCUUGCCGUCAGCCAGCGCGUCUCCGACAAGAUGAGGGUCGAGAGGAAGACGCUCGCUGAUGAAAAGCGACAGCUUGAUAUGAUCAUCUAUAGCCUCAGCAAUGAAGUUUGGAAACUAGAGUCGAAAUUGGAAAUGUUCCAGAAGCAACUAGAAAUAAAAAAUGUUGAAAUGGAAAAAGUCAACGAUAAGGUAACAGCGUAUGCAGCCGAAUUAGAAGAUUUGGAACUAGAAAAAAGACGUCUCGUCAGCCUAUGGAACUCUGUGCUGAUCAACAUACAACAGAGGGACAAGGUUUAUGAUGCUGUUCGAGACGACUACAGGGCGUUGCAAGAAAACUAUCACACAUUACUCAAUAAUUUGGAGAUCACUAAGAAGGUGGUUAUGGAGGAGAUGAACAAAGGAAAGGAAAUCUCGAUGAAUAAAGACAAAUUAACAUAUGAUAUCAAUAGUGCAACUAAAAUUUUUAACACUGAAGACGCUAAACGUACAGCGUUGGAAACUCAAAUUGCGGAGUUAUCGGAAGCAAUUGAAAUGACAGAAAGGGACGAAGAACUAAUAAAAUCUGAAAACCAAACAAUGAGUAACAUUCUGAAAAGUAUAGAAAAAGAAAUCGAUCGUCGGACCGAACAGAAACUGAAGUUAGAGAACGAAAUUUUGACAAAUCUUCAGGAAUGCCUCCUCAAUGACAAAGCCGUUGAGUCGAUGGCUAAUGGUAUAAAGAAGAUGAGAGAAAUGUCAAGAAAACAAGAAAUAUCGUUAAUGUCGAUGGAAAACCAACACGCGAAGAUGAUGCUAGAUAUAGAAGUGCAUCGUAACCGUCAGGCCAGGAACAAUAUUCUAAUGGAAGAGAAUCUGGCGAAGGUCAAAGCAAGAGAGCAAGAGAUAGACCAGCUACAGGAGGAGUAUGAGCAGAAGAUGCUCGUCAUCACGAGGAAGCAAAGGGAGUUGGAUAUUGUCAUUAAGAAAUAUAAUGCACUAAAGGAAAUAUUUGAUAUGAAAUCGCCUCAAGAGCGUCGUAUCGAAGAACUGGAACAGCAGAUCAAGGGCCUGCGCGAGCGCACUGAGAGCAUGCAGUGCGAGUGGUUACGGCUUCAGGGUCACGUGGUCAAACUCACCUCGCACCAUCAAAAAAUCGUGUCGGAUAUAAAUCUCAUCAAUAAACAGAUCCAAAUCUGCGAGCAGAAGACUAUGCGUAUCCAGGCGGAGUCGGAGCGCGUGUUGUCGGAGCGUGGGCGCGUGGAGCGCACACUGCGCGACCUGCGCGGACAACUCGAGGUGCUUGAGCGCACGCGCAAGGACGCCGCAGAUAGGAACAACAUUGCGCAGAAGACUAACCUUGCUAUUACACAUGAAUAUGCAGCUAGUCUAAAGGAUGCCGAAACAGAAAUAAUCCAGAUGGAGGAAGAUAUUGAAGCGUUUGAAAAAGAAAAAAUAAAUCUCACCCAAGACUUGGACCGUGUUCAGAGAGAAGCGCUUAUUUGGCAAAGAAAGGGUAUGUUAGCCGUUGACCUUAAACGAAAUAUACAAAACGCAAAAUCCGCUGCUGGCGAGAUAGGUCAGAUGAGAGCUGAAAUUCACAGAAUGGAGGUUCGUCGUGAACAACUUCGCAAGACUGGUGAAAAGUUAGGAGAAGAUUUAGCACUCUACGUAACGCGCAGAGAAACAGCCUUGGAAAAGAAUCGAGCUGCAGCAGCUGUGGAGAAGGCACACGGCACCAACCAAACCUCACAAUCAAACUAUUAUCAUAAAUUGAGACUGGCUAAGGCUGACGUAGCGAGAGUUACUAAGGAUCUAAGCGAGGGUAAAUCUCAGAUGGAACAGUUGCUUAAGGAACAGGAACGAGUGGAGCGCGAAGUUGCUCAGACGAGCGCAGCGAAUGCGCAGCUCGAGGAACGCAUCGCGACGUUAAUCCAGGAGAGCCGCGACGCAGACAAACAGAAACAGUGGCUAUUAGAACGUUUGGUUCGCAGUCAACGCCUGGGCAGUGAAUUGGCAACGGCUAUAAAGCGUCAGUCUGUACGAGUUAAAAAGCCAAAAUCUGUCGUCCUAUCAGAGUACAAUCAAGCUCUCGCUCUCAACGAACGCCUCACCAGCAUCGUUACAACUUUAGCAAACGAGUACCCACACCUGAGCGAUAAGUUGGAAGUAAUAAACAACACUCUGAACAUCCACUCCCCAGACGGGUCUCCGAGAUUCGUCGAGGAUGAUUGUGUAUGCGCCGAGAUAAAAGAUGAUCCAGACAACAUACCAGAGAAACUAGACAAGUCAGACGAGUGUUAA